AUGAGACCUAUUAUGUUAGUGGGGCAUGAACGUCCCAUUACCCAAGUGAAGUACAAUCGUGAAGGUGAUUUAGUAUUUUCAUGUUCGAAGGAUAAUGUUGCCAGUGUGUGGUUUUCAAUUAACGGUGAGAGAUUAGGUACGUUAGAGGGUCACCAAGGUUCUAUCUGGUCUAUUGAUGUUGACCAAUAUACACAACUAUGUACAACAGGUAGUGCCGAUUACAGUGUUAAAGUUUGGAAUGUAAGUGACGGUAAAACUGUUCAUACAUGGAAAUCCCCAGUUCCAGUUAAAUGGGUUGAAUUCUCACCAUGUGGUCGUUACGUUUUAGCCAUUUUAGAUGAUGUUAUGAAAUAUGUGGGGUCUGUCAAUAUUUAUGAGAUUAAAAGAGAUCCAAAGACUCACCAAGUCUUAGAAUUCGUGGAAGAACCAGUGGCACGUAUUGAAACCCAUGAAGGUCUUGCGGCAGCCCAAGUUGCAGGUUGGUCUUCUGAAGGUAAAUAUAUCCUUGUGGGACAUAAGGAUGGUAGUAUCAGUAAGUAUGAUACUACAAAGAAUUACGAAUUCUGUGGAUCAUUACCUUUGCAUAAGGGUAACGUAAGUGACAUCCAAUUUUCACCAGACCGUUCCUAUUUUAUCACAUCUUCAAGAGAUUCAAACUCUUAUAUUGUUGAUGUGGAUCAAUUACAAGUUUUGAAGAAGUAUGAGGCUGAUUGUCCAUUAAACAGUGCUUGCAUCACACCUCUAAAAGACUUUGUCAUUCUAGGUGGUGGUCAAGCUGCUCGUGAUGUUACAACAACUGCCGCUAGAGAGGGUAAAUUUGAAGCUCGUUUUUAUCAUAAGAUUUUUGAAGAAGAAGUGGGUAGAGUAAGAGGUCACUUUGGUCCAUUAAACUGUGUUGCAGUUAAUCCUCAGGGAACUUCAUAUACUUCAGGUGCGGAAGAUGGUUUCGUACGUAUACAUCAUUUUGAAAAGAGUUAUUACGAUUUCAAGUAUGAAGUCGAAAAGGCAGCAGAAGCUAAAGAACAUAUGCUUGCAGCUUAA